CAGCUCAAUUGACACGAACAUAGCGAUUUGGAUCUAUCCUUAGUAAACGGUUACCAGUAUAACGUGUGUCACCAGAAAUUUAGAAUAUUUGACUUCAGAUACAGUUUGUGAAUGUGGAUAUGACAUUGAAACCGUGAUUCCGUGACACUGUUUCUAUGCUGGGUGUUGUGCUGGAGAAGAGCCAGUUGUCCUCCUCUGUGCUCAACAAGGACGGCGUUAUCCUCCUCUUCAUCAAUCAUGCCUUCUUCACGGUCAUUAUGCUGGGAUUCAUCCUGCUGCUCCUUAGCCUCAUCAACACGUCAGUAGCCGCAGCAAACCUCAUCCCCUCCGUCACUAUCCUAAUCACAUGCUUUGUUAUGGUCAACGUCAACAUGUUGUUAGCCAAUUACUUAGUACAGUCAAUUCAGGCGCAACUUAGCAAUGGAUAACUCAUAGAACUCUUCCAGCUGAAUUGAGAAUUUAGUUUUGUGCAGUACAAGUAAGAAUCAAAAGAACUCUACACGGCUGGGUUCCAAGAUUGACUUUGUGGAUUCUUCAGUCCUGAAGGACAAGCUCGUACUUUAUGGUGAGGUGGCCUAAAACUUUUGGUACAUUCGGCUAAGAACAACUAAAUAGAAAUUGCAUGUAAAUAUACACGCCUUUAAAACUGGCUACAUUUUGGUGUAAGCUGUAGAGAGAUCAAGUUCCAGUAAAUUAUCAUUUCCGGGUUUUGCAGGAACGUUUGUUUUGUAAUCGGAUCUGUAGUUGUAAGCUCUCACAUGUUGUCACUGGAAUUAGAGGAAUCUGUGCGUGGCCUUAGCUUCGAUUUAGAUCAUCUGGCCGGGAGAGCUGACUGGGCAACUCGCAUCAUUAACCGAGAGAGCCUGGUGCUGCUCUUUGUCAACUACACGUUUUUCUGUGUGAUUAUGCUUGGUUUUAUCUUGUUCCUUUUGUGUUUGACUCAUACUGCAGCUCCCGCUAUUGAUAUGAUCACAUCCAUGACCAUUCUAGCUGUGUGUUUUGUCAUGGUCAACAUGAUUGUGGCAAACUACUUAGUACAUACCAUGAACAUCAACAAGGAAUUGAGGAUACUUUUGUGAAUAAUUUAGGUUUUUCCUAAGGAGGGUCUUCAGCAGCAUUGUAUGUCAUACUCUGUGGAUAUACUGUAGAGAACAAUUCUGAGAACCUAUGGGGUUUUUAGACUGAUGCAUGAUGCAGUCAGAGGCUAAUGCACAGCAGCCCUCAGGGUUGACAGUUCCAGGUCAUAGAGCAAAUGUACAGCUGCCCAAUGGUAAGAUAAAUGCCAUAGGAACAGGAAACAGACCAGGGCUGAAUGACACAUCGGUCAAGGGGCAAGAUACUGGAACAGUGGCGGCAGGCAUGGCAACCACUCCAUUAAGUCCCAGCUCUAGUUUCACCACUUCCCAGCUGAACAGCUCUCAAGACCUGAUCAGUGCAGUUUGUUUUUCCUACUGGGAUAACAUUUUGGGACCAAGAAUUCAACACACCUGGUAUGCCAGCAAUCAUCAACCACUUCACAACAGCACGCUGUUACACAUCUGCAGUCAGACAUUGAAUGGAGAGAUUUGCAGAGAUGUAGCCACCAGCCAUGUGGAUUAUAAGUUCUACACCAUGCCAGAUAAGGACAUUGUGGUGGCAGGUUUCAUCUUCAGUGCCAAAAAUGUGUAUGGACUUGGAGUUCACUCUCUUGCAUUAGUUAUUCCUCAUAAAGAAAUGUCCAGAUAUCUAGAAAAACAUGAACUAAUUCAUCGGUGGAUAUUUCGGCUGACAGGCAAAUUAAAAGUUCUUCUAAAUAAGCAGGAUGUAGCAGAGAAAGCGCUGAGGAAAUUCACAGCAUAUCUGACAAACCUCAUGCUUAUGCUAUCAUCGCUGCAGGGAUUUGGUCUCCCCAGGAAAAUAGAGAUAAAAGACACAACCUUUUCCCCAUCACACAACAUAGAGAGUGAGUUUAUACAGAAAGCUAUAGCUUCACACUUGAUCACGCUGGGACGUAGUGUUGUUGUGGGAAAAACCCCAGAGCGAAUAAAUUUGGUGAUUUCUACCCUGGCCAUGUUCAACUCUCCAGCAGAGAGGGUGUGUUCGCGCUACGUUCAGAAACAGGUGCUUCUUCCUUAUCACCAGGAUCUCUGGUUACAAGGAAUUCUAGUGACAUCUGGGGACAUGCUGGAUAUACCAACCAAAGAAAUUCUUUGCAGUAAAUUCCCAACCACAAUUGUCAACAUAACCAAUAGGAAAAUUCUACAGUCUCCUCCGUGUAACGUACAUAACUUACGCCACCACGAGACUGUCAAAGAUGAACUGGUGUGCCUGCAUUAUGGUCAGACUGAUGAGAUGACCUUUCCCAGCAUGUUCCAACCAGCUGAUUAUCCAGAAACCUACAUCAGCAGAUUGACUAAAGAGAUCAAUCUGCUUCACCCAGCCUGUGGGGUGAGGGAGGCCUACAUCGCCCAGUUCAUGCUGUUUCUGCACAGGAAAGCUUUGGCUCUCAUUAAGUAUGUGGAAGCCGAGACAAACCAGGGUGCUAACUCAACAAAGGUUCAUGUGAAGAAGUUAAGAGCAGACCUGAAUCUUACUGCGGAAGGGGAUUACCGUAUUGUAAUGGCUGUGGCGGAGAAACUUAAACCAGGCUUGUACUGUUACAUUCUGGGUGAUCGAAGACACGAGGCUGAACAGCAGAUCAACGACAACGCUUAGUAAUAUUAUACUUUUCACAGUGGUCCCCAGGCCAACAUAUAUUGGCAUGCAGUGUCAUGCUGGUACUUUACCCAGUGGUCCCCAGGCCAACAUAUAUUGGCAUGCAGUGUCAUGCUGGUACUUUACCCAGUGGUCCCCAGGCCAACAUAUAUUGGCAUGCAGUGUCAUGCUGGUACUUUAAUGUGUGGGCGUGUGUGUGUGUGUAUGACAGCAGACUUAAUACUCUGUUUAUACGAGCAAAUUUAACAGUUUUACGUGUGAAAGUAUGGUGGCUUACAUGCAGGUAGACACAGUGGUGUCCACAAAGAGACAAAAUGGUGUAAGUGUCAGCAAACAGGUAUGAUCAAACAAACUGGUAUCCCGUAUGAAUUAAACACAGUUGUAUGAGUAUCAACAAGUAGGCCAUCUAGUAUGAGUAUCAACAGGUAGGGCAUCUAGUAUGAAUAUCAACAGGUAGGCCAUCUAGAAUGAG